AUGAGUGCUGCUACUGCCACUGCUACCCCUGUCCCUCCUCCAGUAGGGAUCUCCAAUCUCCCCAACCAACGCUACAAAAUUGUUAAUGAAGAAGGUGGUACAUUCACAGUGAUGUUAUGUGGUGAAAGCGGAUUGGGUAAGACCACAUUUGUUAAUACCCUAUUCCAGACAGUUUUGAAAAGGGCAGACGGUCAACAACAUCGUCAAGAUCCUAUCAGAAAGACUGUCGAAAUUGACAUCACAAGGGCUUUACUAGAAGAAAAACAUUUCGAGUUGCGCGUUAAUGUCAUUGAUACUCCAGGUUUUGGGGACAAUGUGAAUAAUAACAAAGCUUGGCAACCACUGGUGGAUUUCAUUGAUGAUCAACAUGAUUCCUACAUGCGUCAAGAACAACAACCAUAUCGUACUAAGAAAUUUGACUUGAGAGUUCAUGCUGUUCUUUACUUUAUCAGGCCCACCGGGCAUGGUUUGAAGCCGAUCGAUAUUGAAACUAUGAAGAGGUUGUCUACCAGAGCAAACUUGAUUCCGGUUAUUGCUAAAUCAGAUACAUUAACUGCCCAAGAACUACAACAAUUUAAAUCCAGGAUCAGACAGGUAAUAGAAGCUCAAGAAAUUCGUAUUUUUACACCUCCAUUAGAUGCUGACUCCAAGGAAGACUCAAAAGGUGGUGCUAGUGUGGAUUCAGCGGCCGUCGAGCACGCAAGACAGUUGAUAGAAGCAAUGCCGUUUGCUAUAGUGGGGUCUGAAAAAAAAUUUGACAACGGACAAGGUACUCAGGUGGUUGCCAGAAAGUAUCCAUGGGGACUAGUGGAAAUUGAAAACGAUUCACAUUGUGAUUUCCGUAAGCUCAGAGCCUUGCUACUAAGAACAUAUCUAUUAGAUUUAAUUUCUACCACCCAAGAAAUGCAUUAUGAAACAUAUAGGAGAUUAAGACUUGAAGGUCAUGAAAACACAGGAGAUGGUAAUGAAGAUUUUACACUUCCAGCAAUUGCACCAGCAAGAAAAUUGUCACACAAUCCUAAAUAUAAAGAAGAAGAAAAUGCAUUGAAAAAGUACUUCACUGACCAAGUCAAAGCUGAAGAGCAAAGAUUUAGACAAUGGGAACAAAACAUUGUUAAUGAAAGAAUUAGGCUGAACGGUGACUUGGAAGAAAUUCAAGGUAAAGUGAAGAAAUUAGAGGAACAGGUCAAGAGUUUGCAGGUGAAAAAGUCACAUUUAAAAUAA